UUACCUACCUGAGCGCAGAGCCAGAAUCUCAUUACCCUUCUAAUACAAGCCAUACCUGAGCUUCAGAUUGCUCCACCGAGUGUUUUUCUCCACUCAGACAAAGUCCAGCAGCCAUGGCUGUGGCUAACUUCCAGUACAUUACCCGGAUGAGCAGUGGCUUCAAGGUCUACAUAUUAGAAGGCCAGCCUCAUCUCAGAGGUGAAGACCGGUACAGGCAUAUGGGGAACGAGCGACCUCGAGCUCCGGCUGUGUUUCCGGUCAAACGCAAGCGCAACUACGAGAGAGGCCUCACGUUGGAGGAGAGGCGAGAGCGGGCAAUAAACAGGAACAAGAUGGUCCAGAGGGCUGGUCCAGUGCCUGCACCCUUCAGUACCCAGCAGAGUCCAUCAUCCCCACAGAGCCCAACGCCUAGUCCUACCAGCCCUUUCCCCCCCUACGUCUACUACACACCAGUCAGCGAUGAACCCCUGGCACUCAUCAAAAAACCAAGGAAAGACCCUGAAAACGCAAGAGAAAAGACUACGGCCUCUGCUGCCACUCAGAUCCAGAUGCGCCCAUCAGUGAUCACCUGUGUGUCAUCAGUACAAAGCCCUUCUUCUAGACCCGAGGUCCGCAAAAGCCACUCCUCAGGAGACUCCAAAUGCAAUUAUGAUCACGUCCUCGAGGAGCAUUUCCAGAGGAGUCUAGGGGUGAAUUACCAACAAGCGCCCACCAAGGAACUUUCCAUCAGUGUGUCCGUGGACGACCACUUUGCCAAGGCACUGGGAGAGGACAAGUGGCUGCAGAUCAAAUCCAAGUCGUCCUCCUGCUCCUCCACGCCGCCCAGUAGCCCCAGCGUCACCCACUCGCCCACCUACAGCCACAGUCCCAACCAUUCCCACAAACAGUCACCGCUGACAUCCAGCCACUGGACCCUUAACUAAGCAGAAAUGGCACCACUACUGAACUUUUUUAUUUUUUUAUUUUUUUAUUUUUUUUACAUUUCAGCACCUACAGCUUUGCCUGUCCACGUAAAACAGACGAGCCAGCGCAAGUGUUCAGAGAUGGUCAACGGAUCACAACAAAGUGCACUCACCGUGGACGUGUGCACGUCCAAACCCGAUGCACUAAACUCUGAUAAAUGUAGCAUUGAGCCGAAGAACGUUGUUUUGUUACAUUUCUACCCUGUGCGUGCUUAGCAUCUGACACUUGAAAUACUAUAGAUGGUGUUUGGGCCAAGUAAUCCUCUACAUUUCUUUAAAUUUGUGCCAUUAGCAGAUUGCAUGUUUGCCACAAAUUGACUGUAUUGUAUUUAUGUUCUGAUACACUGUUUGUUUGUUUUUUCCCAGUCUGAAUGACUGGUCUGUCUGCUGUGUAAAAUUUUGCUUGUAAGCUUUAUACAAAUCUAAGUUUUGACAAAUGUUUUUCUAAAAAAAAAGAAUAAAAUGAACAAAAAUAUA